GUAGAUAGACACGGACACGGGAUGUGAUUAUGGGAUCUGUAGUCCUGUGACUCCGAACACCCUCCUCCCUCUAUAUAUCUAUAUCCAAAUCUCCCUUCAAUUCUCAAUCUCUGAAACCACAAUUCACAACCGAAACAGUUUCCAUCUCUCUCACAAAAUGACAACAAUAUCAAAUUGCUCCCUUCUCUUCCUCUUCCUCUUCCUCUCCACCCUCCACAUAGCUUCCACCCUCUCAACCCCCACCAACUUCAUCAAGUCCUCCUGCAGCACCACCCAGUACCCAGCCCUCUGCAUCCAGUCCCUCUCCGUCUACGCCUCCACCAUCCAGCAAGACCCCCACGAGCUCGUCCAGACAGCCCUCUCCCUCUCCCUCAACCACACCGAGGCCACCAAAACCUUCGUCGCAAAAUGCAACAAAUUCAGAGGCCUCAAACCGAGAGAAUACGCUGCCUUGAAGGACUGCGCUGAAGAAAUCAGUGACAGCGUCGACCGGCUCAGCCGGUCGCUGAAGGAACUCAAAUUGUGUAAGGUGAAGGGUGAGGACUUCACGUGGCACAUCAGCAACGUUGAGACGUGGGUGAGUUCGGCUUUGACCGAUGAGAGCACUUGCGGCGAUGGGUUCGCCGGGAAGGCGCUGAAUGGGAAGAUUAAGGAGGCGAUUAGGGCUAGAAUGGUCAAUGUUGCUCAGGUUACUAGCAAUGCUCUCUCGCUUAUUAAUCAGUAUGCUGCACAACACUAGGGGGAGUUGGGAAGAAAGUUUUUGUUUUUUGUUUUCGUUUUUUCCUUUGAGGGGAAAAAAAAAAGAACAAACAGUUCUAUGUGGUUGGUUAAUGGUUAAUUUUGUGUUUUGUGUGGUGUAUGUAAUUGUGAGUUUUUAUAGAGAUAUGGAUCUUGUGUUGCUUCUGAUCAAAUGUGAAAUAUGAGUUCUGUUUUUGUAUGA